AUGGCGACUACAAUCACCACCAGAUCUGUGGAGCCAUCCACGACCCCCGCGCCGUCGUCGGCCUCGUUGCCGUCGCCCACGAUCAACAUCCUUCUCACAUCCUUCGCUGGCCUUGGUCUGCCUCGAACACUGUCCUUGCCUGUUAGCGGCAGCACACCUACUGGAGAUAUCGUCAAGACCAUACUGGCCCGGUUACCGCGCAUCGAUCAUCCGCUCAUCAUUACUACCACCGAUAACAAGCAGCUUCUGAGUACCGAGGAUGCGCCUAUAGCGUCACUACUGGCCGAUUCGAGUGAGACGUUCUUGCCGCUCCGCCUCAGCGCCCGACUAUGUGGCGGCAAAGGCGGCUUUGGCAGUCAGCUCCGCGCAGCAGGCGGCCGCAUGAGCAGUCGCAAGAAUCGCAAUCAGAACGUCGAUCCAAACGGCUCAAAUCGAAACCUCGAUGGCCGCCGCUUGCGCACCGUGGACGAGGCAAAGAAGCUGGCGGACUACCUCGCCAUCAAACCUGAAAUGGAGAAGAAGGAGAAAGAGGAACGCAAAAAGCGGUGGGAGGCUGUUGUAGAAGCGGCGGAGAGGAGGGAAGAAGAGAUCAAGUCCGGCAAACUUGGCGCGGGACAGGGGAGGCUGGAUGCCGAGUAUGUUGAGAGUAAGGAGGCGGCGGAGGAAAAGACCAGGGAGGCUGUUCUAAAAGCUAUGAGAGAGGAGAUGGAGGGCUUGGAGAGGACGGGUAGCGAGAGUUCGGUCGAGGAGGCUGGAGAAGAGAGUGGAGAGGAUGAGAAUGGUGGGUCUGCGUCUAGUCAGGAGGGUAAGGCACCUGGUAACGCAUUCUUUGGCUGGGACGAAGAUGAGGACGACGAAGACGACGAUGAUGACCAGGACGACGAGAUGGUGGAAGAACAUAACGAAGCAACGAAGACCGAAGCUACUGCCUACCAAGGUCAAGGCAAAAGCAAAGCACGAGCGAGAUGA